AUGUCAGAAAAUGUUUUACAGCAGCUACUUCUGCGCAUACGCCACAGUGAAUGUUAUGCAAUACAGCUAGAUGAGUCCACGGAUGUGGCUGGCCUGGCGCAUCUUCUCGUAUAUGUGCGCUACAUUCAUGAAGGAACCAUCAAGGAGGACAUGCUGUUCUGUAAACCACUGGAACAAAGGACAACUGCCGCAGAUAUUUUUCAAAAGCUGGACACAUUCAUGAACACACAUGGACUCGUGUGGGACAGAUGUGUUGGCAUCUGUACUGAUGGCGCACGGGCCAUGACUGGGAGACACGGAGGUGUGGUUUCGCGUGUGCAAGCAGUCGCGCCAGAUGCCUCCUGGGUACACUGCAGCAUCCACCGAGAGGCUCUUGCUGCAAAGGGAAUACCUGUCCGUUUGAAACAUGUUUUGGACACGAGUGUAAAAAUGGUUAACUUUGUGAAAGCCAGGCCGCUGAACUCCCGCUUAUUUGCUGCGUUGUGCAAUGAGAUGGGCAGCGAGCAUGAGACAUUAUUACUCCACACAGAGGUUCGCUGGCUAUCUAGAGGGAAAGUGCUGACCCGUUUCUUUGAGUUGAGGGAUGAACUUAAAGUUUUCUUCAGUAACCAUCCCUUUGAGCUGUCUGAACAUUUGCAUGAUGAAGAGUACCUUACCUGCCUGGCUUAUCUGUGUGAUAUAUUUUCUCGUCUGAACGAGCUCAAUCUCGGAUUACAAGGCGUUUCUGCAACUAUAUUCAAUGUUCAAGAUAAAGUUGAGGCCAUGAUAAAGAAGUUAAACCUUUGGAAGAACUGCUUGGAUACAAACAACACUGAAGUCUUUCCUGUGCUGCAUGAUUUUCUGUGCUCUAAUGAUCUCACACUAUCUAAAAGUGUAAAGCGCGAAUGUAACGUGCACCUUGAGGAGCUGGCGGUGCAGUUACACCGAUACUUCCCAGAGACGGACGGCUCAAAUGAUUGGAUACGUCACCCGUUCACCGCUGUGCCUACUUCGUUAUCACCGUCUGACCAGGAGAGCCUAAUUGAAAUUGCCACAGAUGGAUCUCUAAAAGUUGAACACGCUCAAAAGAACCUGGCGGAUUUCUGGAUAGCGCUGUCAAGACUCUGAUGCCUUUCGCCACCACAUACUUAUGCGAAAGGGGAUUUUCUGCUUUAACAAACAUGAAAACAAAAUACAGAGCAAGACUUUGUGUGGAAAACGAUUUAAGACUCAGCCUUUCCCAAAUUGAGCCAAACAUUGAAGAGCUGUGUGCCUCUGCUCAAGCACAUCCAUCACAUUAAAUAAAGUUCUGUUUAAUGAAAGUUCAUGGCCUU